AUGGAUUCAUCCAAAUACAAUUUAGCCACAGAAGGAUGUAGCAGCAGUGAAUCCGGAUGGACAACAUACAUUGCCUCUCCCAUGCAAGAAGAUGACAGUGAGUGCAGUGACAAUGACAAUGAUCACAAUACUACCGCCAACGAUGGAAAUGCCGAUGAUGAUGAUAAGCAAGACAGUGAUGAUUCAAUGGCUUCAGAUGCUUCCUCUGGCGCACAUCAUCUCUGUAAACCUGAGAAUGGUCGUCAAGCUAAUCAUGGAACAACUGGUUUUAAGCAUGACAAGGGCAAUAACUUCAAGCAUUGUUCUCCAGCAACAAAAUCAAACAGAAAGGACAAGAAGAAUGAUGUAAACAGCACAGAAAAGGACAGAAGACAUUCUGCUAACAGAAAAUACAGCAAGCGCAAAAAAAAGGAGGAGAGAUCAGCACAGAAAGCAAACGGCAACAUGGCUUGCGCGCGGAUAUUGGGGUUUCAAGAAUAUAAUUAUUUGGGAUCAAGUUAA